AGUGCGUCUGAGUCAUUUUGGGGGAAUUUCACCCGUACACCGUCUGGUAAAAACUGAUCUCAACAUCGGUGUGGACAGUUGUUCAUUCAAGAACCGCCCUACUUACCGCCCUGCUGUAACAUACUGCUAUCAAGAGGCCUAGAUGCAUAUGCGGAACUUCCCAGUACGUCUGAGUCAUAUUUGGGAAGUUCACCCGUACACCGUCUGUUGAAAACUGAUCUUAACAUCGGUGUGGACAGUUGUUCAUUCAAGAGCCGCCCUACUUGGGAACAUACUGGUGUCAAGAGAUGGGGAAUACAGGAUCGAAAAUGACUCUUCACGCGUUUCUCAGAGAAGACCAGAAAGAGCCAAUAGCAGAAGUUGCGUCAAGACUGGCCGGGGAGAUGACAAAGGUUGCUAUAAUGACGAAGGAUGCUGGAGUGAAGGCUGCAGGAGAAGCCGCAAGGAAUGGUACCGAAGCUGCAAUCGGCGCUAUUGCCACAGCUGCGGCUGGCACUACCGCAGGUGCUGUUGCCGGGGCUCUAGCCGGGCCGGUAGGAAUGGUCGUUGGUGCUAUAGCUACGGCAAUACUGAAUGGUAUCUGGAAUGCCAUAUUCCCACCAGACUCGACGGAGGUCCAUGCUUCCAUCGAAGAAAUCAGGAAUGUUCUGCGUCAAGAACUGCAUGAAGACACCAUCACAAAAAUCAACGGCUUGCUGAGUGAUUUAAGGGCAAGACUGACAAUCGAUUACGCAAACAGUAGAAAGACCAGCGACCUGACAGACAAGAGAGCACGGCAACGACUGCAUGAUGAAUUGGAGGCACUCAACAGCAAUAUGGACGGCGUGAUUGGCACGUUGAUGCAAAAGAGCUACGCAAAAAUUGGACUAGUAAACUUUCUGCUGUUAGCCGGUCUGCGCCUCGCUCUGUACCAAGAAAUGGCUAACGUGGACCCGCAGAACGAAGAUUCGCAAUUUAACCCGACCAAGUCCCGCUACGCAGCGCCGGAAAUUGGAGUUGUGGCAGAGUACGCCCGCAGGUACGCUGACCACGCAGAGAAGUAUUGGAAACAGGUACAAGUAGAGUAUAGAAAGAGCAUCAACGUCACGGAUUGGCGCUAUCAAGGAGGGCGGAUUGACAACAAUUUAUCAGGUGGAUGUGGGUUUCAGCAAGAUACAAACAGAUCGGCCCGUGCCUUGGCAGAAGAGUAUUGGGAAAAGCAGAAGAGGAAACUCGAAGAAAAGUUCUGCCACCCUGAGGAGAUCAUUGCCAACUGGAGACGUCUCAUCGAGGUGCCCCUCAACGUUCCAGACAUUAAAGGAUCAACGAUGACUCUUGACGAGUUUCUCAGGGGAAACGAAAAAGACCCGAUAGCCGACGCUGCAUCGAGAUUGGCCGAGGAGAUGACAAAAGAGGCCGUAACGGUGGCAAAGGAUGCAGCAGGAGCUGCCGCUUCCGAAGCUUUCGAGGGCGCCGAUACUGCUGCGGUUAUAGCAGGGCCUAUAGGAGUAAUCGCUGGCGCUCUAGCUACAAAAUUGCUAAGUGACGACUGCGAAUGGGAGGCCUUAAUCCCGUUGACGAAGGUGGAUCCCGCCAUCGCAGACAUACAGAAGGCUCUCGGUCAAGACCUGGGGGACACCACAGAAAGAAUCAAUGACUUGCUGAGCGUUUUGAAAGCUAAGCUGAGAAACAUCGAUGAUUACGCACACAACAUGAAGGACAGCGACCUUACAAAACCAGACGACCGACGACAUCUCUACGGCGAAUUGAAGUCACUCAAUAACGAACUUGACGAAGGAUUCGUCAUGUUGCAGCAGGACAAGUACGCAAAGAUUGGUCUAGCUAUCUUCCUGUUACUCGCCAGUCUUCGUCUCGCUCUGUACCAAGAAAUGGCUAACGUGGACCCGAGGAACAGGGACCAGAAGUUCAACGCGGCCAAGUCCCUGCGCUACGCAUCGCCACACACCGGGCAAGUGGCAAAACACGCCCGCCAAUACGCUAAACACGCAGAGACGGUGUGGCUACAGGUCCUAAAGGACCGGAAAAAGACGAUUAAAGUCACUACCUAUAUUGGGAAUAAAGGAGGGCGGGUGGAAGACGAGCUGACAGGAGAUUUUCAGCAAGAUACCAACAGAUAGGUCGGUGUGUGGGUCGAAGAGUAUUGGGAAAAGCAGAAGAAGAAGCUGGAAGAAAAGUUCUGCCACCCUGAGGAGAUCAUUGCCAACUGGAGACGUCUCAUCGAGGUGCCCAUCAACAUUCCAGACGUUCCAGUGGAGGACAGCCCCGACGUUACUGACAGUCCAGGUCAGGCAGUUGGGUUCUUCAAUCGGCUUUCUUGGUGGUUUUCCAUGCGAGGAGCUCAAAGCGACCAUAACAAAAUCAACUAGCUGUAGCAUUAUCAUUCUGAGAAUUUCAAGGAAAAUUUCAAGCUGUGUUAAGGGUGGGUAUAGAUACCCCACGAAAUGAUAUUGUUCUGGACACACGUCACGUAAGUCAUAAGUGGAAUUCUGAUAAUGUAUUCAUUGAUACAUAUUAUUUUAGAAAUCAUACGUAUACCCCUUCUGGAGUUUCUUGCUCCUCCAAAGGUUACCGCAUAAUGAUAGAUUGUUACAUGUAUACAGUGUAUUCCUACUCUGGGCAGUACUAUGUACAUGGAUGAUGACUUUGAUAUUUAAUCAGGCUACAGCAAGCUAAUGAAGUACUUUUGAGAUCUACUCACUUCAAGUUUUGGCAGUUUCAUGAAUUGCUAUUGCAAAACUACAGUCUUUUAAUCAGCUGUACUAAACAAAGAAAUAAUUCCUUUUGCAAAUUAUUAUACACUUUGUGUCAUGCAUGGGUUUGCAUUGCAAGCUCAAAUAUUUUAUAAUGAAAUAUUUAAUGAAACGACAAAAGUACAGCGCCUUUCGUAAGAUAUACAUGUAUAACAACUACUUACAGUACAACUAAACAGACAUAUAUGGAUAUCUAUAGGUAUGAAUGAGUCAACAUGUUGGGUCUAGCAUGUCAUUUACACUAUUGGUUUUAAGGUAUAAGCAUUCGUUGAUAUAUUUGCCUACUUGAACACAGUGAGGGUUAUCGCCUCCAAGAAUGUAGUUUGAAUAUCGGACCGAAGUGUCGGCCAGUCUGGGUUUAAGUUACUGCAUUGUAUUGCACAGUGCGAGAUUUAGUUAUAUUUCAUUUAAUCAUAGAAGCAAGGAAUGAUAUCGGUGUGGCCUUAACACUUUUUUUUUGCAAUAUAGUUGCUUUUCUUUAUCCUUCUAACGUAAUUCAGUGACAGUUGGUGCUUCACGUGGCCUCUCCUGUUCGCUAAAACAUUUUUUCAAACUGACCGCGAACAAACUCCAAUUCGUCGCUUGAAAUAACUAUUUUUAGGAAAAACAUAGAAAAAUCGCAGUUGGCAAAAUGGCACGAAGUGGGGUGAAAUAGUCCCCAAACAAGCGCAUUUACUGCAAGUCUCUUUUUGAUGCAUCAAAAUUAUUAUGUAUUCGUUUGUAAUUCAGCGGUAGCGCUGUGAUUUUCAGUAAAGUUAUCUUGUAUCUAAUUUUGUGCCGAAAUUGAGAAGUGACAUUCUGGCUAACCAUUUUCUCUGUAGUGGUAACGUAUCUUACCCGUGUCGCACAUCAGUGUAAUCAGAAGGAAAUAUUGGCAAAAUAAUUCAUUAAGUUGACACAAUGAUUUUUCACCAACAGGUGCAAUCCAGUGAGAUACAUUAAGAAACUGAUGUUAGCUAAGUAAAAGUGGUGGUGUUUCAUGUUAUACAAGGGCAGAUUAAGUUUUCAGACUGUUUGGGUUGAUGAUAUAAUUCUAUGUAAGGGACUGCAGUAUUUAGCAGGUCAUUGAGUUUGUACGUGUUUUUUUUAUAGCUACACCGCCCACCUUAAGAAUUCUUCAUGCCCACCCCACCCCAACUUGGGAUAAGUUUCAGAAAUCUUAAUGACACUAUCCUAGCUUGGGACGAGUUGUGUCAUAGCCUGUUAUAACCCCUUCCAAAGUUUGAUAAUUUUUCUAGUCCAAAUAAUGCAAUGCAACCUUAGGAAAAGCAAAAGAAUUUUUGUAACGAUUUCCCUUAUAGAUCAUAUGGUACUUGAACUCUGACCUGCCAGAUAUCAUGUAGUCCUUUUAGGCAACACCGACUUAAUUUUAUGGAUGACAUCUGCACGCAUAUUGAUUUUUGCCUGUACUAAAAAACAACCUGUAGCCACAUGUCAAUCAAUAAGCAUCCCUGGUCAAUCUGGAUUUUUUUACUUGCCAGAGGAUCUGCUCUCCAGGGUAAGGGGGCACAUGGUCAGGGCAUGGGGCCACAGCUCCCCUUUUUAAACAAGAAUUGCAAUAAAAACAUGAUUGAAAUGUCGACGAUUAUGACUGUCAAUCAACGAGGGGGAAACAAGAAAGACUUGGGAAAGAAUGGACUGGAUGUUUCGUCCUUCAGUUUAGUGGAUUUUUUUUUGCCCUCGCGCAUCAGUUUUGGGGUCCCCAGAAGAUGUCAUCCAAAAAAUUAAGUCACCGAGGCCUUAUUUGUAAGUAUAUGCAUUGUGUGGUGAUGUGAAAGGUUCUGAAUACAGGUGGUUGAGAAAAAUCUAGGAGUCAUUUUUAUUUUUGUGUCAUCAUUUCAAGAAAGCACACAUGGGAAGGAGUGUUUGCAUGGCACUGUGUUGUAUGUGACUGUAUUUCUGUGUAUUAUGUAUGUUUGGGUCAAGUAUACAUGUAUGUGUGUAGUGUACAUUCAAGUGUGUGUACAUGCAUGUGUCUAUAUCUCUGUGUGAGUAUAUGUGCACGAGUUUGGGUCUGUAUGCAUGGGAAUGUGUACGACUGUACGUACAUGGGUAUGUCUCUGUGUGUGUUCUAUUGAUAUCUGUAGGUAUUAUGAAAUCUAAAAAAAAAUAAGUGUCAUCAGGACUAUCUCAAGACCAGAAUUUCUUAUAUGUAUACUUGAAGUUAGUCCUCACUCAUAGUGAGUUGAGCUUGUAUCAGCCAAAUUCUAAACCAUGGAGAAAAGAUAGGUGUUGGUUCAGUGACAGGAAGAGGUCUAAUGGUCUUGCACUAAGCAAAAUCAAAUUAAAACAAAAUGACAACACACAGACACAUCACGUUGUAAGGAAACACUGAAUGUUAUACACUAAAUCUUCCAACUGUGGAAGGUUUCCAAUGUUCCAAUACCCAUGCAGUUUACAUAAUAACUGCUUGGUAACACUGGUGGUGGUAAGUACUUCUUAAAAUGGCAAGACUUUUGCUGCUCACAUUUUACAAAAUGGCUAAUUACAAAGGCUCAGCUCCAGUUACAGUGUUCAAACAGCUUGUUUUGUAUUAGAUUACAUGUACUUAUGCAGAAUACAGACACAUAUAAAUACUGCUACCAUAUCCACUAGCA